CUGCGCCGAACUCGCGGGGGACGUCGGGCGCCGGCUCCCUGGCUCGCUCACUCGCUCCGACCGGCUCCCUGCGCCUCCUCCCGGGACUGCGCGGGGACCCGGGCCCGGGCGGGCGCGGGGCGAGCAGAGUCCCCGGGCGGGAGGUGCGCGCUCUGGGCAGCACCCGGCCCCGGGCAUGGACAGAGGGAGCUGGGCGCGCAGGGGGCGCCGCGGGACCGGGCGGCCGGAGCGCUGAGCCAGACAAAGGCUCAGGAGUUGCGCUAGCUUUCGGGAGCCGGGCCCCGGGCGCCGAGGCUGCGGGACCCCGCGGCGGGCGGCUCCGGCCGGCCACCUCCCCCCGCGGGCCGGCUCCGCGCGCCCGGACCUGCCUGCCGGCUUCUCCUCGGGCGUGGGAAUUUGCCGAGGGGACCUAAGCGGCUCGGGCGGGGACAAGGACCGAGAGGUCUGCCGCGCGCCCGCCCGGCGGGGAGCCAGGGAGCGUCGCAAGUUUCCGAGCCGCGUGCGGGGCCCCGGCGCCGGCCAGCGGGCGAGCCCUGCGUGUAGCGCGCCCGGCCGGGCUAGGCGCCGAGAGCAUGGGCAGCGACCCGAGCACGCCCGGACGGCCCGGCUGCGCGGGCAGACUCCUCGGCGGCCGGGAGGCGGCGGCGCGGCCGCGACUGCUGCCGCUGCUCCUGGUGCUUCUGGGCUUCCUGGGCCGCGGCGCGGCGGCGGAGGACGCAGAAGUCAAAGCCGAGAACUGGCUGAGGCUCUAUGGCUACCUGCCCCAGCCGAGCCGUCACAUGUCCACCAUGCGCUCCGCCCAGAUCCUGGCCUCAGCCCUGGCCGAGAUGCAGCGCUUCUAUGGGAUUCCCGUCACGGGCGUGCUCGACGAAGAAACCAAGGCGUGGAUGAAGCGACCCCGCUGCGGGGUGCCAGACCAGUUUGGGGUGCGUGUGAAAGCCAACCUGCGACGGCGGCGGAGACGCUAUGCCCUCACGGGGAGGAGGUGGAGCAGCUACCAGCUGACCUUCAGCAUCCAGAACUACACAGAGAAGCUGGGAUGGUACCACUCACUGGAGGCAGUGCGAAGGGCCUUCCGCGUGUGGGAGCAGGCCACACCCCUGAUCUUCCAGGAGGUGCCCUACGAGGACAUCCGACUGCGGCGGCAGAAGGAGGCUGACAUCAUGGUACUCUUUGCCUCUGGUUUCCACGGCGACAGCUCACCAUUUGAUGGCACGGGGGGCUUUCUGGCUCACGCCUAUUUCCCUGGCCCUGGUCUGGGCGGGGAUACCCAUUUCGAUGCAGAUGAGCCCUGGACCUUCUCCAGCACUGACCUGCAUGGGAACAGCCUCUUCCUGGUGGCAGUGCAUGAGCUGGGCCAUGCGCUAGGGCUGGAGCACUCUAGCAACCCCAGUGCCAUCAUGGCGCCGUUCUACCAGUGGAUGGACACCGACACCUUCCAGCUGCCCGAGGACGACCUCCGGGGCAUCCAGCAGCUCUACGGCACCCCGGAUGGCCAGCCACAGCCCACCCGGCCUCUCCCCACCGUGACUCCCCGGCGACCAGGCCGGCCAGAUCAUCGGCCCCCCAGGCCCCCCCAGGCCCCACCCCCAGGUGGGAAGCCGGAGCGGCCCCCAAAGCCAGGCCCCCCAGCCCAGCCCCGAGCCACGGAACGGCCUGACCAGUAUGGCCCCAACAUCUGCGACGGGGACUUUGACACAGUAGCCAUGCUGCGUGGGGAGAUGUUCGUGUUCAAGGGCCGCUGGUUCUGGCGGGUUCGACACAACCGUGUCCUGGACAACUAUCCCAUGCCCAUCGGGCACUUCUGGCGUGGUCUGCCCAGUGACAUCAGUGCUGCCUACGAGCGCCAAGAUGGGCGUUUUGUCUUCUUUAAAGGUGACCGCUACUGGCUCUUCCGAGAAGCGAACCUGGAGCCUGGCUACCCACAGCCACUGACCAGCUAUGGCCUGGGCAUCCCCUAUGACCACAUCGACACGGCCAUCUGGUGGGAACCCACAGGUCACACCUUCUUCUUCCAGGAGGACAGGUACUGGCGCUUCAAUGAGGAGACACAGCGUGGAGACCCCGGCUACCCCAAGCCCAUUAGUGUCUGGCAAGGGAUCCCUACCUCUCCCAAAGGGGCCUUCCUGAGCAAUGAUGCAGCCUACACAUACUUCUACAAGGGCACCAAGUACUGGAAGUUCGACAACGAGCGCCUGCGGAUGGAGCCGGGCUACCCCAAAUCCAUCCUGCGGGACUUCAUGGGCUGCCAAGAGCACGUGGAGCCGGGACCCCGAUGGCCCGAUGUGGCCCGUCCGCCCUUCAACCCCGACGGGGGUGCAGAGCCCGGGGCGGGCGGGGCCGACGAGGAGGGCGAGGAGGGCCGUGAGGCCGGCGCGGGCGGCGGGGAGGGGACAGGCGAGGACGGGGGCAGCCGCGUGGUGGUGCAGAUGGAGGACGUGCCGCGGACGGUGAGCGUGGUGCUGGUGCUGGUGCCGCCGCUGCUGCUGCUCCUGUCUGUCCUGGGCCUCAGCUACGCCCUGGUGCGGAUGCAGCGCAAGGGCGCGCCGCGCGCGCUCCUCUACUGCAAGCGCUCCCUGCAGGAGUGGGUCUGACGCGCCGCGCCCCGCCCGCCUGCCCCCUCCGCGCUGCGGGGGCGGGGCCGCUGGGCCGCGAGCCGCAGCCUUCCAGGGCUCCCUCCGCCGGCCCCGCCCCGUUGUUUAUUUAUGCCCAGGUUUUGUUGUUGGUGGUUUGUGGUUUGUUUUGUUUUGAUUUUGCACACUAAUUGAGUAUUCGUUUCUACUUUGCUGACCAGGAGCAGCGGUCCCUCCGGGCAGGGGUUAGAGCUUUCUAAAUGGAGUCCUGCUCCGGACAGGGAGUGAGCCCCUCGCCCCCCACCCCCCACCCCCCCACACCUCUGGCUUGGCGACAGCCAGAGGAGCAGAGGGUCAGAAGGCCAGCUGGAAAGUGGCUAAAGGGUUUCUGAGGCUCCUUCCCGCCCUGGGCCCUCCUCAGCCUGGGCUGGCUUUGGAGACGGGUGGGGCCUGACUGGUCUCCACCCACCUGAAUCUCUGCCUUAGAAGAGUUUUCACCCAGGGGCAGCCCCUGGCCACAGGGUACAGAAGGGUGAGGUGGCCUACUGGCCCUGAGUCCUGUGGAGUUUUGAUUCCUUCCUCGCCUACCCCUGUCAACCCAUUACCAACGCCUACCCUGGCCCUGGCCAGCCGAGGGGCCCAUACUCCCCAGCUCCCACAUACCCCUUGAGCCUGCACCUCCUCCCCUCUCUGCAGAAGAGGCCCUGGGCCUGCCUUACCAAGGACCAAAUGGGGUCUGCCAAGGCCCCUCCACCCAGAGGCCUCACCCCCCCCCCCCAGGCUGGGCUUCCAGCCCCUGUCCACUCCUCUCUGAGCUAUGACCCAUCUGGACUCCUUCCCUGGGCUUCCACUCUCCCUCACCCACACCACCGUCCUCAGGGGUCUCAGAACCCCACCAGCCUCAGGCACCAGCUGCCAGGCUCCCAGCUGUCCCAGGAAGAUAGGGGGCUGAUGGGCGCCCACAGCCCACCAUGCACCCGGCUUGGGGGUUCCUCCCCUCCAGCUCCCUGUCCCACAGGGCACUGGGAGGAGGGACACUGGUGGAGAGAGGCCAGCAGCUCAGCCCCUCACACAGACUUGCGGGAUGCGGCUGUGGAGCCCCCAAAGGAGCCCACUGUGGCCUGGAGACUCCCCUUCUCCUUGGCUCAGCCCUAAGGACAGGGACGCUUCCUCCUCCUUUUCCUUCCCAAAGUAAGCAGGAGGCAAGGCUGCUGUGGAAAUGGUACUGUACAGCCGGCUCCAUCCCCUCUGCUUCCCCUCAGCCCUGAGCAAGCGGGUCUGCCACCCAGACCCCCAAGGCCCCUGGAGGGAGAUGCAUCUCAUGGACUGGCCUGGAGGUCGGGUCUGGCAGCUUACUCCCCCCUCCAUCCUCAGAACCGGAGAGCCAGCCAAGGGAUGGGGGGUGGAGGGCAGUGUCCACCCCCAUACAUUUCUUUCUGUAAAUACUCUGCACUGAUUAAAUUGUACAGCCGGCAUGUGUGGCCUCAUUGUAAGAGGCCCUGGGCCGGUGGGGCUGUGGGUGACAGGAGUCCAGGCCGCGAUUAGGGCACUUGCCCUCCAUGCGGAAGACACCUUGUUCCCAGUUCUCCGGGAUUCCUUCCCAGUAGCCCUGGGAGGGGCAGAGCUCAGAGGAAGAGUGAGGGCACCAGAAGCAGGUUGGGCAGGGGACUGGGGUUAGCCCUGCUGGGGUGGGGCAGAGAAAGAGUGCAGAAUUUACUGGACAUUCAUUCACAGUGAGAAAGGGCGUCCCAGCUUCCCACACGCAGUGUGUGUCUAGGAGGGGUGGGAAUGCCAGGCCACGCCCCCCCACCUUUCUUCCACCCAUCCAGACUGGGUUCUGGGCAGCCUGAAGACCCAGCUUGGAGGCAAGAGAUGGGAAGUGGUACCGCUUUGGAUCUGGAAAGUUCUCCUUACCACAUGCUCCGCUCAAAGGCUGGGGGUGGGGUGGGGCACCCAAGAUCUGCCUUGUCAUCUUUGAAAAAGCAGAUCUCACCCUGGGCAGCCUGCAGACGAGGCCCAAGAGAGUACGAGACUGAAGCUUUACUGCCCCUGGGGUCUGGGCAUGGCUGGCAAGCCUUGGACCCCACAUCCAUCCUCUGGGCCACGCUACUGGGCACUGGCCUGCACCCCCAGAAAUGCAAUGGUCUGCUGUAGUGGGGUUGCACCCCAACCAUGGAGCAGGCCAGGCCUCCACAAUAGCUGGGGCAGGGUCCUUCAACCUGUUCCAGGCCCCACCCUCCCCUCAGCAGCAGACCUCCUCCCCGCCCCCCUCGAUCCCACCCUUCCUCUCUUUGUGUUGAAAACUGGCUGAGAAAGCCCCAAAGGCCUCUCCGGCUCAGCUAGGAAAUGGCCCCUGAACCAUCCCCACCACAGGGGCCUUGGCGGGCAGCAUCUUAUCAGCUUUCUUGUGGCAGAAGCCACAGGGCCCUGCCCAGGUCUGCCUUCUGCUUGAAGGCCAGCGGUCACCGGCAAGUGGGGGCACAGGGACGAAAAAGGAGAGGACGCGAGACCUCUCACCGAGCUCUUCCUUAGAACCCAGGCCAGGGAAGAGACUUGGCAGAGGAGGCCUCGGCUUCUCAGGAAAUCUCCUGAGGAGACUUCUACCCCAAACGCUCUGGUAAAAUCUCAAAACAACCCCGUGGCUGAAGGAACAGCUCAUCUGGUGAGCCCAUGGGUGUGAAGGUCUCUGAGGUAUGGUGUCAGGCCUCAGCCCUGCCUCACAACUUGACACCCGCUCCCCCUCCCCCUCCCCCAGGAUUAACAGGAACCUGCAUCUUUAAAUUGGUUUUGUUUAAUGUGGCUGCACCUAAACUCACCAUGGGCCCCACAGCACCUGUCUUGCUAAUUCCUAAGUAAGAUAAUUAAGACUUAAUAGAUACACAAAAAGCAGCAAAA